AUGGGUGGUGACUUUCUGCCCCGGACAGUUGCGUUUCCUGUGAGUUAUGCAGACAGGAAAGACAAGGCCAGGCGCAGAAAAUGCCUCCUCCUCCCCCUUUUGCUGGCUCCGUCCCGGGAGCGCUCUGCCAGCCGCUGCCCGGCGGCAUGUGUCUGCGACAACAUCAGGACCCACGUCCUGUGCCUCAACAGGAACCUCACGGAGAUACCCAGCACCAUCCCGCAGAUCACAAAAAAACUAGAUCUCCGAGGCAACAAUUUGAAGGUCAUUCCUGCAGGAGCCUUCCUCAAUAUCCCGUACCUCACACACUUAAAUCUGCAGCACUGCAAGGUGGAGAGCAUUGAGGAGGGAGCUUUUCGAGGACUGGGAAGACUGGUCUACCUCAACCUGGCCUCCAAUAGUAUAUCCGUUAUCUACCAGGAGUCUCUGGAUGGGCUGUCUUUCCUCCAACAGCUCAUCCUGGAGAAGAAUCGCAUUGAGGAGAUCCAGCCRGGUGCUUUUGGCCAACUGGGGUUCCUCAACUUCCUCAACCUUGGUGAGAAUGCCCUCGUCUACCUCCCAGACAUGGUCUUCCAGGGUCUGCAGGUGAUCAAGUGGCUCCGCCUGUCCCACAACGCCCUUCAUGUCUUGGGCAACGAGGCCUUCGUUGGCUUGCCCACCCUGAGGAGGCUGAGCCUGGACCACAACGAACUGCAGGCGCUCCCCAGUGAGGCUCUGUCAAGGCUGUCUGGGACAACACGCCUCGAUCUGGGCCACAACCCCAUCACCUACAUCACCGAGGAGGCCGUUGACAUGGCCUCCUUGAAGCACCUCUUCUUGGACAACGCGGCUCUCCAGGACGUUUCGCACAAGGCCUUUGUGAGGAGCCCCCAGCUGCGCACGCUGGACCUCCACAACAACCAGCUGCAGGGGCUCCAGCCGCUCGCUGGCCCGGCCGGCGUGGCAAAAAUCCUCCUGGCUGGGAACCCUCUGCUCUGCUCCUGCCGCCUGCGCCCCUUCCGCGAGUGGAUGGGGAGGGCGCGCGUGAACGUGGAGGCCGCGUGUGCCGGCCCCCCGGCGCUCCGGGGACGGCAGCUGGAGCUGCUCAGGCCUCAGGACAUGAGGUGUGGGCACCACCUGGAAGGGGCCGGGCCAUCCCCCAGCCCCACUGCCCCUGCUGGGCAGCCAGAGGAGGCCGGGAGAAGGAAGUGCCCGGUGGGCUGCGCCUGCUCCCUGGACUUCCAGCACGGCAGCUGCGAGAACAGGAACCUCCAGGAGAUCCCCCGGGGCUUCCCCAGCACCACCCAGCUCCUUGACCUGCAUGGAAACGACUUCGGGGCUGUGCCCCGGGGCUCCUUCCCCGGGUUGAAGAGGCUGGUCUCGCUCCACCUGCAGAGCUGCAAAAUCACCUCCUUGCAGCCCGGGGCAUUCCAGGGCCUGGAGAAGCUGGUCUACCUCUACCUCUCCAACAACAACCUCUCUGCCUUGGAAGCCGCUGCCUUUGAYGGUGUUCCCCAGCUUGCCUACCUGUACCUGGACCACAACAGCUUCACCCGGGUACCCCAGGGCGCCUUCAGGCUCCUCCCCAGCCUCUUCUCCCUCCACCUGCAGCAUAACGCCAUUGGGCAACUGUCUGAGGGCGACCUGGAGGGCAUGGAGAAGCUGCGCUGGAUCUACCUGACAGCCAACGCCAUCAGCCACAUAUCCCCAGCGACCCUGAGCCCUGCCAAGAUGCUGGAGAAGCUGCACCUGGAUGGAAACCGCCUGAGGGAAGUGCCCACAGAGUCUCUCUGGGGGCUGCCUGCCCUCAGCGAGCUGAAGCUCUCCAAGAACCCCAUCAAGUCCAUAGGCGCCAAUGCAUUCCUGCCUGUGGCCAGCACCCUGCAGCACCUCUACCUGGACAACAUGGGCCUGGAGCGGAUUUCCUCGGAUGCUUUUGCUGGCCUUGGCCCCAAGGUCAAAAGUCUCUACCUGGAGAGCAACAAAAUGAGUCAUGUCCCUGACAUGCGCCGCUUCACGGGGCUGGAAAUCCUCAACCUGCGAGAUGUCCCUUUCCACUGCGACUGCCAGCUCCUUCCCCUGCACAGGUGGAUUGACAAACUCAACCUCCGCGUGGGGGCCACCUGCGGGUCCCCUGCUGAAGCUCGGGGCCACAAAGUGAAGUUUUCCACCAUCUUCCAAAGCUGCCCUGGCUGGGCCCGGRACAAGGCUUCAAGAGCCAGUCCCAACAAGGCCACGGCUGCAAGCAAGCCCGGCAAGCAAAAGAGAUUGGAAAAAACACUGGCCAGGGGCCCCAAGAAGAGCAACGCUUAG